AUGCCUUCCUCUACAACUUCAGGUGCAAAUCAAAUAGUCACGAGGAGGCUUCUUCAGGCUCUCAAAUCUUGCCCGGUUGAUUUUGAGCACCAAAACUACACCAUAAUAACCGAAAAGUGUCGGGGACCCGACUACUCGGCCAAGCUGUGUUGCUCGUCUUUCAAAGCGUUUGCAUGCCCGUUUGCAGACGAGUUGGAUGACCUAACCAACGACUGUGCUUCUACAAUGUUCCGAUACAUCGAUCUCAACGGCCACUACCCGCCCGGGCUCUUUGCCAGCCUGUGCCGUGAGGGCCGCGAAGGCCUCGCUUGCCCGCCUUUGCCGCCGCCAAAAUCCGGCGACAAAAGUGGCGGCAGCCGGGCGGCAAGUGGCGAUUUCGGUUAUGGUGUGAUGACGAAUUUGGCCUUGGUGGUUUUGUUGUUGCUCUUAACUACCUAA